GCUUUCUCAGGGCAUCAGAGCAGCACUCGGAUGAGGGACAGAAGCCUGGGUGACCCGCACUGAGCUUGAAGGCUGAACUAUUGCAGAGGAAACUAGAGGAGAGCUAAGCAGUUACCAUGAAAUCCUUCUGCCUUGGGGGCCAGUGGGGAGUCCUAAAGCUGUGGACCCUCAUAGUCCUUUAUUAUGAUUUCCUGUCAUUGCAUGGAGGUGACUGCUGGACUUACCAUUACUCUAAAAGGCCCAUGACCUGGGCCAAGGCAAGAAACUACUGCCAGACAAAUUAUACAGAUUUAGUAGCAAUACAAAACAAGGCAGAAAUUGUCUACCUGAAUGCCACGCUUCCUCUAAAUCGUUAUUACUACUGGAUUGGGAUCCGGAAGAUAGAAGGCAUAUGGACUUGGGUGGGAACAAAUAAACCACUCACUGAAGAAGCAGAGAACUGGGGUAAAGGGGAGCCUAACAACAAAAAGUCCAAGGAGGAUUGUGUAGAGAUCUACAUCAAGAGGACUCAGGAUGCAGGCAAAUGGAAUGAUGACUCGUGCUUGAAGACAAAGGCUGCACUGUGCUACCGAGCUUCUUGUCAGCCUUUAUCCUGCAGCGGCCAUGGAGAAUGUAUAGAAACCAUUAAUAACUACACCUGCAAAUGUGAUUUGGGAUACUAUGGCCCCCGAUGUGAGAAUGUGAUUCAGUGUGAGCCUUUAAGGGCACCAGACCUGGGAAAGAUAAACUGCACCCAUCCAAUAGAGGACUUCAGCUUCAGCUCCAAAUGUACAUUUAGCUGCUUAGAAGGAAGGUACUUAGUAGGUGCUGAGGAUACAACCUGUGAGGCAUCUGGGAACUGGUCAUCCCUCCAGCCAGUGUGUCAAGUGACUCAGUGCAAACCUUUGAUGGCCCCAGAACAUGGAAUGAUGGAAUGCAUUCACCCCCUGGAAGAAUUCAGCUUUACCUCCAAGUGUACAUUUAGCUGCUCAGAAAAGACGUUAUUAACCGGUGUUGAAGAAGUUACAUGUGAAGCAUCUGGGACUUGGUCAUCUCAAACGCCAACAUGUCAAGGGACUUACUGUGAGCCUUUGAUGACACCAGAACUGGGAAUUAUGAAUUGUACUCACCCCCUGGGAUAUUUCAAUUUCAGCUCCAAGUGUACAUUCCACUGCUCAGAGGGAAUGUCCUUAAUAGGUGAUGUGGAAACUACAUGUGAAACAUCUGGAAACUGGUCAUCUCCAAAGCCAGUAUGUGAAGGGUUAAGAAAUAUUCUAUCACCCAUCAAAGAGGGUAACUACAAUCCUAUCUUCAUCCCUCUAGGGGUUGUAGUCACUUCUUUCUGUGGGCUGGCAUUUAUCAUCUGGCUGGCAAGAAGACUAAAGAAAGGCAAGAAAUCUCCCAAAAGGGCUGACAUAUACUAAAUUGCUACUUGUUAGAGAAAAAUCGAAGAAUGAUCAGACACUUCAAUCAACUUUGUGAAAAAGGACUAGAAGUUUUGGGUGGAGUCAUCUGCAUUGGAAGAUGAUAUUGGUGGCGUUUUUCUCCGUAUCAGUGAAUCAUCCUCACUGUGUCCCUUUUGAUGUAUACUAUUUUCUUUGGUUACUGUUUGCAGCCAUGACCCAUAGAUUUGUUACCUUGUAUAUUUUUUUGCCUAUGCAUUUUUUGCCUUUUUGCAUUUUGCCUAUGUUUUGGAUUUCAAGAAGAAGGGAUUAUCUUGAAAAAUGAAGACAUCCAAUUAUGGCCCAAUGCCAAUUCUGCUUCACAAAUACAAUAAAAUGCUGUUUUAUAGC